UCUCUCUUAGAUAUGACAUCCAAUAAAAGCGGUUGCAAGGCAACAUGUCUGCCCCGUGAAAGACGAAAAUGUGUGAAUUAGAUAUUCUUCAGUUUUUUUUAUCGUAUUCCACCGAAUAAAUGGAAGUUCUAUUGUUACUUUAAUAUCACAGAAGUAAUCUUUCGUAGAUAAUGAGUUUUUCCGUAAAGAAAACCGGCGGAAGAAUGUGGCACGAAGCUCGAAAGCAAGAGAAAAAGAUACGUGGGAUGUUGGUCGAUUAUCGUCGGCGAGCCGAACGUCGUAGAGAUUAUUAUGAAAAAAUUAAAUCAGAUCCUACCCAGUUCCUUCAACUUCAUGGCAGACCGUGCAAAAUACAUUUGGAUCCAGCUAUAGCAGCUGCUGGUGAUAGUCCAGCUAACAUGAUGCCCUGGCAAGGAAACGAAGACAAUCUUAUAGAUCGCUUUGAUGUACGUGCUCAUUUAGAUUGGAUACCAGAGGCACCAGAUACCAUCGACGUUGACAUUGCUCUUACCAGCGAAGACAGACAUAUCAAUUAUGAACGUUAUCGCAUAAUUGUGCAAAAUGAAUUUUUGGGAGUCGCAGAAGAAAAAUUUUUACAUCAAAUACAUUUGGAGGAACAAUUUGGUUCAUCCACCAAAGUAGAUGCUUCAAAAGAUAAGAAAAAAUCUUCUAACAAUGCUGCUAUUGGUUACAACUACGAGACAGAAGAACCAAUUCCUGACGCAACAAAAACAUUAGAUUCUGUUAUAGCUGAUGAGAAACCAGAGGAUGAGGAUAGCGACAUUGAUUUGGAUAUAUGUGUAGAUGUUUCACAAAUCGAACCUUCUCAAGCGCACGAGAUGAAUUUGGUUGCUCAAAAGUAUGGACUUUUGGGAGCUGAUUAUUUCAGUUUUUUGACUCAGGAUUUUGAAGAGGCAGAAACAUUAAGACAGGCACGCAAGCAGGAAGAAGAAAAGGCGAUGUAUUCUGGUCGAAGAUCUCGCAGGGAAAGACGAGCAUUUCGAGAAAAGAAGAUGAUCGGUCGUGUUAUGAGCCCACCAAGUUAUGCAGCCCGUGAAAGUCCAGAAUACAAUCCUUACAGGAAAUCUUCCUCAAAAUCACGUUCACGGUCUGCUUCUCCUGUAAAUACUGGACAAAUUACUUAUAUUACAAGUUUUGGCGGUGAGGAAGAAGCUCAUAGUAGCUCUUCUCACGUAACUUCAUCGAAUUCGAAAAAAGUCAAUUAUUCGCAUCUUAGAAGAAGACGAUCUGAAAGCCCUGUUUCGAACGAAAGGACAGUUAGUAGAAAAUUAUCAAAAUCUAGAUCAAGAAGCUGUUCUCGCUCUGUUAGUAGAAGCAAAUCUUACAGGACACGCGACAGGAGGCGCAGUGUCUCGCGAAUGAGAUCCAGAAGAACGCGAUCGAAACAUAGGAAAAUGCAAAGAUCCAGAACAAGAAGUCGUUCUCGACGAUCAAGAACACGUAGUAAAUCUCGAUCUCGAUGUAGAAGUACAAGCAGAUCAAGAUCGCGUUCGCUUUCACGGUCUCGAUCUAGAUCCACUUCGCGUCAACGUCAAAAAAGAUCAAGAAGUUCCUCAUCAAGCAGCAUAUCAAGAUCUAAAUCAAGAUCGAGAUCUAAAUCGCAUCACAGAAGUCGUUCCAGAGAUAGUUAUCGUCGAAGACGUUAUUCUCCCUCAAAAUCGAGAUCAAAAUCACGCUCAAGAUCAAAAUCUCAAACAAGAUCAAGAUCUAGGUCUAAAAGCAAUAAUAGUAAACGAUCACGUAGUAUUGAAAAUAAAGUGCAAACACUGCCAAGAUAUUAUGGCCGUCGUGGCAAAUCCUCCAGUCUUGAAUUAGAAUUGUCUGACAAGGAAGAAAAAAGCACAGCAGCAACGCUAAAGCCAACAGUAACAACCGCAAGCAUAAACACGCCAAAAGCAGGGUUAAGUACAAAUUCUGGUGGCGGACACAAAUCUACGAAAAUAACACCUCAAGAGCGGCUUAAGAAAAAAAUGCAGGCUCUAUUAAAUAGGCAAUAUAAAGCGGACAAGAAGGCGGAACAAUUGAGAAUAGAAAAGAAGGAACAACAGAGACAAGACCGAGAAGACGAAAUUAGAGAAAUGUCAUUAAAAUUACGUCGAAAACAAAGAGAAAGAAGACAUCGGUACGAAGGUCACAGUUCUGAUUCACGAUCUUCUAUAUCUCGUACGCCAAGUCCAGGACGUAGUCCGAGACAUCAUAUACGUAGAGAUAGGAGAGAAAGAGACAGGGAUUUAGAAAUAGAUCGAGAAAGAGAUAGAGAUAGAGAAAGGGAUAGAGAAAGAGAUAGGCGUGAUGACAGAGAAAGAUGCAGGCAAGAAUCACGAAGAAGAUACAGAGAUUCUCCGCUUCGUUCUUUAAGUCCAAGAAGUAGUCGAGGCUUGUCUUGUUUCUUUCAACUGAAAUAUAUUACAGUAAUAGAAAGAUUUGUCAAUUUUUGGUUAGUGAAUAGAAAAGAGAAUAUGGCCGGAAUUACGUUUGGUAUCUUAAUUGUAAGCGAUAGUCGCUCGGAAGGGUCCAGAAAAGAUGAAACAGGUCCUGAAUUAAAACGUCUGGUCGGUGACAUAAACACUGAUACAGGAAAAAUACUUAAAGGGAAAGUACUUCAGGAUAAAAUAAUACCAGAUAAGGAAGAAGUUAUAAUGGAAUAUUUGGUAAAAUGGAGUGAUGUACAAAAGUUAGAUGUCAUUUUGACAUCCGGUGGUACUGGUUUUUCCAAUAGAGAUGUUACACCCGAAGCAACAAAAAAAGUUAUCGACAAAGAAGCUCCGGGAAUAGCAACAGCUAUGCUUGUAUCGAGCUUACAAGUGACACCUAUGGCCGCACUUUCUAGAGCCAUAUGUGGAAUUCGUGGAAAAACAUUAAUCAUUAAUCUACCAGGAUCACCAAAAGCUUUGAAGGAAUGUUUAGUUCCUAUUGCAUCUGUAAUACCACAUGCGGUUGAUUUAAUUUCAAAUAAUCAGGCAGAUGUAGAAAGAGUGCAUGCAUCACACAGCAUUACAAAGACAAAUAACAAUGAUCAUAGUUGUGUUUUACCUUCUACUACAUUGUUACACUUGGAAAAUGUUGCCACGCGUCUCAGGGAAUCACCGUACCCCAUGCUUUCCGUUGAUAAAGCAAGAGAAUUAAUAAAUAAAAAUAUAGAACUCCAAGGAACAGAAAUUGUGACAAUUUGGAAUGCUCAUAACAGAGUUUUAGCUAAUGAUAUAUUUUCUCUUUGCGAUUUACCACCAUUUCGAGCAUCUAUUAAAGAUGGUUAUGCCGUUUUGGCAGAGGAUGGGAAAGGUAGAAGACGGGUUUUAGGUGCUUUAAAAGCAGGAAAUACUGCAGCGUCUAUAUCUUUGAUACCUGGCUCUUGUAUAAGAGUAAAUACUGGCGCACCGAUACCGGAUGAUGCAACUGCUGUUGUUCAAGUGGAGGAUACAAAGCUUAUAUUAAAGAACAACGAUAAUACGGAAGAGAAAGAAAUUGAAAUUUUAACUGUACCAAAGGAGGGACAGGACAUUAGACCUAUUGGUUGUGAUUUAAAAAAAGGAGAGCUCGUAAUUAAAGCGCCAAUAAAGCUUGGAGCAGCAGAGGUAGGACUUUUAGCUGCUUGCGGUUAUAAAGAAGUGAAGGUUUAUAAAGUUCCUAGUAUAGGGGUAUUAUCAACGGGGGAUGAAUUGGAAGAACCAGGGAAUGAUUUAAAGCCAGGAUACGUAUAUGACAGUAAUACGAUAACUUUAAUAUCCAUAUUACGAGAAAAUGGAUAUGAUCCAAAGAAUUUGGGAAUUGUAAAGGACAACAAAGCCAGCAUGGUAGAUGCAAUUAAAAAUGCCUUGGGUAAAGUCGAUGUACUCGUAACAUCCGGAUCAGUGUCGAUGGGCGAUCGAGAUAUGUUGAAACCUGUACUAGAACAUUAUUUUAAUGCAAAAAUACAUUUUGGCCGUGUAAACAUGAAACCUGGUAAACCAACAACUUUUGCAACUUGUAUAUAUAAUGGUAAAAAAAAAUAUUUCAUGUGUCUGCCGGGUAAUCCAGUUUCGGCAACAGUUACUUCGAUUUUAUUUGUUAUACCUUUACUUAACGAAAUGCAUGGUGAUAUUUCGAAACCCGUCAUCAUAAAGACGAAGGUGGAUUCGACUUAUCAAUUGGAUCCUCGUCCGGAAUACGCAAGAGUUAUCUUAACGUGGAAAGACGAAGCAGAUCUUCCAUUGGCCCAUAGUACUGGAAAUCAAAUAAGCAGUAAAUUAUUCAGUUGUAAAAAUGCUAAUGCAUUGUUAAUGUUACCAGGGAAAACGGUUGCUAAGACGGCACUGUAUCCGGGUGAAGUCGUAGAAGCGAUACUUCUUAAUCCUAGAACUACGAUGUAAUACCGAAAUGUCUGCAUAUUCCUUAAAUAUUAUUAUCCAUGCCUUA